ACUUAAGUAGUCGAAACCGGCUCUCCUCGACGAAGCGAGCUUUACAAAGAGUCAGAGCUCUCUCUCUCUCUCUCUGCGCUUCCAAUGGCAGUGACGAAGAGUUCGAAACCGAUCUUUCUCAAAUUUUCACUUCUCUGCUUUCUCUCUAUCCUCUCUUCGGCACUCGCCAUCACGCCCUGGACUGGUGAUGGUUAUACCAUUAAUGGUCGGGUGAAGAUUCCAACUCCAGGUCUUGGUGCAAAAGGAUUUGGUGUUUUGGCAAAACUAUCAAAUAUUCGGGUCAUCCUCAAUGGUGGCGAGAGGGUCACUUUCCUCAGGCCUGAUGGAUAUUUUUCAUUCCAUAAUGUCCCAGCAGGUACUCAUCUUAUUGAAGUGUCUGCGAUUGGUUAUUUCUUUUCUCCAGUUCGUGUUGAUGUUAGUGCCAGAAACCCGGGUAAGGUUCAGGCAACACUCACAGAGAUCAGGAGGAGUCUGAAUGAGUUGGUUUUGGAGCCUUUGAAAGAGGAGCAGUAUUAUGAGAUGAGGGAACCUUUCUCCAUAAUGUCUGUUGUGAAAAGCCCAAUGGGUUUGAUGAUGGGUUUCAUGGUGAUUGUGGUGUUCCUAAUGCCCAAGCUAGUAGAAAACAUGGAUCCUGAAGAGAUGAGGCGAGCACAAGAAGAGAUGAGGAACCAGGGGGGUCUCGCAAGCCUGUUACCUGGAGGAGCUGCGAGGAGUUAAGAGAUAAGAUUUGCGGAACAAUGCAAUGUCUUAACUAGUGAUGUUUGAAAGCUAAAAGAUUGGUGAAAAAUCUGGUUGAAGGACCUACUGGAGCUCAGCAAAAGCGGGUCCUGAUUAUCCAAUUUCUGACCCAAACAGUACAUUUUUUUGGUUAGAAAUUUUGGUUUUUAAUGCGACAACUGCUACUGGUUCUGGGAUGAACCAGAAUAUAACACAAGUUGUUUACUUUUAUAAGCUAGAGAUCAGCUGUUUGUGGUCUAACAUUUACAAUAGUUUCUUGAACCUGUAUUGUUUGUUCUGUCAUCAACCAUUUUGUUUUUGUGUUGUUUAUUUGAAAAGGAAAGAAAAAUGGUCUAGUCAUUCUUCUCAA